AUGACUUCACAAGGUAACAUGGCCCAGAAAAUACCCCCGUAUGUAAGGGCAUCGAAGUCCCAGCAGCCUUUCUAUUCACAGCAGCGGGAUUUCGGUAGCCUGGACAACCAAGAGUACUAUCCGUAUACGGCCGGAUACUACUCUCCUCCGUAUGGCUACUACUACUACUACCCCCAAUAUCAGCAGCCCAUGACUGAAGAGGCCAUUUAUCGUACGAAUGGGCGCACUGGAGGACUUCGUCGUGGAACUCACUCCGCUCCUCUGACGGCGCCCACUGCCGGCACUCCGAAGAAGAAACCCCACACCAAGGAUGGCCGCAAUGACAACAAGAAGCACCAUGAAGAUGACGAGCCGACCAACGAGCUGGCCCACUUGGUCACUCACAUCAGUUUACGUGAACAGGUUGUCCUCCCUUCCCUUAAGGAUGAGGCUUGGAAUCUUUAUGACAUGGCUAUGAAGGCGGAUAGCCAGGAGGAGAGUGACACGCUCGCAAUGAGUAUCAUUGCGCUCGGUGGCGCCGUUGAGGUCAUGGAGAGCGCGCUGGACUUUGAUUACGAGCAGCUUCGUGAGCUACUCCACCUCGGUGAGUCCGGAUCGGAGUGCAGUAGCGGUAACGAUGGGAAAGAUCCUUCAUUCCUGGAUUAUCUUCUCACAAGUGGUUUCCCUGGUUAUGGCCAGGACUCGGAAGCCAAGUCCGAAAAGUUCUGUCAGGAGACUCAUGCGGCUCGGCCCACGGGAUACGCGGCCAGGAAGACCGAUGCGGUUGGUCGUGAAGACCGCUCUAGGCCUCGCCGCAAUGACAGAGUCCCCGAGACUUACAAGGCUUCAUUUUACAGAGAGGUCUAA